AUGGCGGCGCGCCGCCUCGUGCUGAACGGGCUGACGGCGGAGGUGGGCGCCGGCGGGCAGGAGCCAGCCGCGCGCGCGGGCUCGCCCGACUCGCUGGAGUUCUACCACGAGCUGGAGCUGUACCGCCAGCUGCUGGCGCUGCCCCCGCCCGCGCCCUCCGCGCCCACCGCGCCCCCCGCGCCCACCGCGCCGCCCGCGGCUCACGAGCGGCGCGCGCGCACGCCGGACCCCACGCCGACCACGAGGUGUCACGAUGAGCCGCGGCGCAGUCGCACGCCGGGCGGGUGUCGGCCGCGCGCGCCCGCUGCCGCCGCGCCGGCCCCCGCCGUGCGCCACGCAAGGUACCUGGGCUCGUUCCCGGUGGCCGGCGGCGAGCCGGCGACGCGCGGUGACCAGGUCUCCGCGCAUCUACACCUCAUGAAGGAGAACGGGCGUGCGGUCCCUGUGCUGGUGGUGGUCGCGCUCUCGGGGGUCAAAGUAUGCGACCCCGAAGACCAGAGCGUGCGCAUGUGCCACGCGCUGCGGCGCAUCUCGUACGCGACGUGUGAGGCGAGGCGCGCGCUGUUCGCGCUGGUGGCGCGCGAGCCGCGCUCCGAGCCGCCGCACCACUACUGCCACGCCUUCCAGACCGACACGCCCGAACAGGCGGAGGAAUUGAACUCGCUGGUGGGAGAUGCUUUCCGAAUGGCGUUCGCGUCGCAGCUGCAGCCCUCCGCGCCGCUCUGGAGUAAGGAGCUAAGCGGAAGCGACUGCGGCAUGGGCGUGCGCGCGCCCGACUCGCUGCCCGGACUCACACACCACUACUGCAGUGACAGAUCCCCAGCGAAAUGCAACACAAUGGGUGUGAUGAAACUAGUGAACGAGCCAAGCCCGAGCAGUUCCGAGGAGUCGAACUCACCGACGGAGAUGAAUUGCUACCGGCGGCUGGGCGAGCGGCCGCCGCUCAUGAAGCGGCUGGCGAUGGGGCUGAGCGGCGCGCUGCUGCAGCCCUCCGACGAUGACUCCACGCCGCUAGUCGCGGAUACACCGACCACCCCAACAAACCUGCCCCUAUGCAUGAACGGGGGCUACAUCAACGAGGCGUCAGAGGCGGAGGCGCGCACCCGCGAGAGCAACCGCGAGCCCCCCGCCGUGCCCGCCGCGCCACGCCGCACUGACCAGUUCAUGCACUCAGACCUCGAUGUUGACUUCAGGAGGUGCAAUAACCUUAAAAACAGUGAGUCGGGCGCGUGCAGCCGCACGACGUCGUCGUCAUCGGGCGCGUCCUCGUGCGGCGGCGUGCCCACCAACAACAACAUCCCGCGCGCGGAGCCCGAGCUGCGCCAGGCGCCCUGGUUCCAGCACGGAAUACCUAGAGAGAUAGCCCUGGAAGUGCUGAGCUCGCAGGCGGUGGGCGCGUUCCUAGUGCGCGGCAGCACGACGCAGACGGGAUGCUUCGCGCUGUCCGUGCGGGUGCCGCGCGACUUCACGCCCGCCGGCAUUGCGCACUACCUCAUACUGCGCACUCCUAAAGGGUACAAGAUAAAGGGCUUCACGAAGGAGUUCAGUUCGCUGUGCGCGCUGGUGACGCACCACAGCGUGAUGCCGGAGCUGCUGCCGGUGCCGCUGCGGCUGCCGCGCGCCGGCCGCGCGCCGCCGCCGCGCCGCGACCACGCCGACCUGGACGCGCUCACGCACACGCACGCGCACGCGCACACACACCCGCGCGCGCCGCACCACGCGCAGCCGCCGCACCACUUCCUCGCACAACUCGACGUCUAG